GCCUCGGGGCGGCCGAUCGCCGGGGCCCUAACUCGGCGUGUGGUGCCGGCCGGGCCUGUGGCAGGUUGUUGGAGGCAGAUUUAAUGGGGUCUUCGGAUAGCCCGGAAAUCUCUUUUUGUAACGUGGGGCGAGACUGGAGGGACCGGCCCCGCAAUAUGGAGCCGGCUAGAGGGAGCGAGAGAGCGUGCAAGCCCGAGCUGAAAGAUCGUGCGGAAUUGUCUGGAAUCCACAGCUCUCACGCUCACUUCCCAAGGGCAGAAACUGCCCGGCAGAUCACAAGACAAAGAGAACAGGAAAGCUCAGGCCAACCGCUCGAGUGCAGAAAUGUACUUUGGUGCAGCUCGCAUGUGGCGUGCCACAGUCAGUGACAGAUGGGCAGUGUGACAAGAGUGUCAGAAAGGAUCGGGCCUCGCCGGGGGACUCAGCCUGGAGUCGGCGUGUCGACAAGUCGCUGAAGAGGAAGCUGGUGGGAGGACCGUGGCCACAGAGGAGGAGAGCCUUGACUUCAGUCACACCCUUCAUGGAGGACAGAUGGACGGCCGGAUGGCCAAUCACCUCUCCUCCUAAACCUUUGGAGAUUGAUGCUUUGUCUCCUGCUGGAGGUGUAUCAGGAGCCUUCGCACACACUCUGAAUUCACUUCCCGGAGAAACGUCAGGGUAGACUGCAGUGUGCAGCCAGCCUCAGCCGUCGCAUGGUCUCAGGUCUGCAGCCAUGAGUGCCGAGGGGUACCAGUACCGGGCGCUGUACGACUAUAAGAAGGAGCGGGAAGAAGACAUUGACUUGCACCUGGGGGACAUUCUGACUGUGAACAAAGGCUCCUUAGUCGCUCUUGGAUUCAGUGAUGGACAGGAAGCCAAGCCUGAAGAAAUUGGCUGGUUAAAUGGCUAUAACGAGACGACAGGGGAGAGGGGAGACUUUCCGGGAACUUACGUAGAAUAUAUUGGAAGGAAAAAGAUCUCGCCUCCCACACCAAAGCCCCGGCCACCUCGACCCCUUCCUGUUGCUCCAGGUCCUUCAAAAACUGAAGCAGACAGUGAGCAACAAGCUUCCACUCUCCCGGACCUUGCAGAGCAGUUCGCACCCCCUGACGUUGCUCCACCGCUUCUUAUCAAGCUCGUGGAAGCCAUUGAAAAGAAAGGUCUGGAAUGUUCAACUCUAUACAGAACACAGAGCUCCAGCAACCCAGCCGAGUUACGACAGCUUCUUGAUUGUGAUGCCGCCUCCUUGGACUUGGAGAUGUUCGAUGUGCACGUUUUAGCUGACGCCUUCAAACGCUAUCUCCUGGACUUACCGAAUCCUGUCAUUCCGGUAGCUGUUUCCAGUGAACUGAUUUCUUUAGCCCCAGAAGUGCAGAGUUCCGAAGAAUACAUCCAGCUGUUGAAGAAACUCAUUAGGUCACCCAGCAUACCUCAUCAGUACUGGCUCACACUGCAGUAUUUGCUAAAACAUUUCUUCAAGCUCUCUCAAACGUCCAGCAAAAAUCUUCUGAAUGCAAGAGUACUUUCUGAACUCUUCAGCCCUCUGCUUUUCAGAUUCCCAGCAGCAAGUUCUGAGAAUACUGAACACCUCAUAAAAAUUAUAGAAAUCUUAAUCUCCACCGAAUGGAAUGAACGCCAGCCUGCACCAGCACUGCCUCCCAAACCACCAAAACCCACUACUGUAGCCAACAACGGUAUGAAUAACAAUAUGUCUUUACAAGAUGCUGAAUGGUACUGGGGAGAUAUCUCGAGGGAAGAAGUGAAUGAAAAACUUCGAGACACAGCUGAUGGGACCUUUUUGGUACGAGACGCAUCUACUAAAAUGCACGGGGAUUACACGCUUACACUAAGGAAAGGAGGAAAUAACAAAUUAAUCAAAAUAUUUCACCGAGAUGGGAAAUAUGGCUUCUCUGACCCAUUAACCUUCAACUCUGUGGUUGAACUAAUAAACCACUACCGGAAUGAAUCUCUAGCUCAGUAUAAUCCCAAACUGGAUGUGAAAUUACUUUAUCCAGUAUCCAAAUACCAACAGGAUCAAGUUGUCAAAGAAGAUAAUAUUGAAGCUGUAGGGAAAAAAUUACAUGAAUAUAACACUCAAUUUCAAGAAAAAAGUCGGGAAUAUGAUAGAUUAUAUGAAGACUAUACCCGAACUUCCCAGGAAAUCCAAAUGAAAAGAACAGCUAUUGAAGCAUUUAAUGAAACCAUAAAAAUAUUUGAAGAACAGUGCCAAACCCAGGAGCGGUACAGCAAAGAAUACAUAGAAAAGUUCAAACGUGAAGGCAAUGAGACGGAAAUCCAAAGGAUUAUGCAUAAUUAUGAAAAGUUAAAGUCUCGAAUCAGUGAAAUUGUCGACAGCAGAAGGAGAUUGGAAGAGGACUUGAAGAAGCAGGCGGCUGAGUAUCGUGAGAUUGACAAACGCAUGAACAGCAUUAAACCAGACCUCAUUCAGCUAAGAAAGACGAGAGACCAAUACUUGAUGUGGUUGACUCAGAAAGGUGUUCGGCAGAAGAAAUUGAACGAGUGGCUGGGCAAUGAAAACACUGAAGACCAAUAUUCGCUGGUAGAAGAUGAUGAGGAUUUGCCCCACCACGACGAGAAGACUUGGAAUGUUGGAAGCAGCAACCGAAACAAAGCUGAAAACCUGUUGCGAGGAAAGCGAGACGGCACUUUUCUUGUCCGGGAAAGCAGUAAACAGGGCUGCUACGCCUGCUCUGUGGUGGUGGACGGCGAGGUCAAGCACUGCGUCAUCAACAAGACGGCCACGGGCUACGGCUUCGCCGAGCCCUACAACCUGUACAGCUCCCUCAAGGAGCUGGUGCUCCACUACCAGCACACCUCCCUCGUGCAGCACAAUGACUCCCUCAACGUCACACUAGCCUACCCGGUGUACGCGCAGCAGAGGCGAUGAAGGGCCACCCUCCAGCCUGCUCCUCACCUUUGACUCCCCAAGGCCUCUGGCAAGCACAGGGCUCCCCUGCAGCCUGACCUGGGAACUGAGCUGCGGACACCCAGCCACCUGUCUUCAGAUGGGACUCGAGCCUUCGACCCCACGGCAGGAAGGGAAGACGCAUCGCAGGGCCACGCACCGGACAGCCGCCGUUCCUCGUCUGGAGUGCUUCGUCAGCCUUUCUCUCUUCCCUCUUUCUGUUUUGUUUUUGUUUUUUGUUUUUUUUUGGGGGUUUAAUUUAAAGCCACAACCACACACAAAGAGAAAAAGAAAUGCAAAAAUCUCUGCGUGCAGGGACAAAGAGGCCUUUAACCAUGGUGCUUGUUCGUGCUUUCAGAAGCUUUACCAGCUCAAGAGUUGGGACCUUGGAGACCGGAGCGGGGACGGGCUGAUGAGCCCUAGCCUGGGGUCGCUCGGUCCAGCCUGGGCGUUGCCAUGCACGGUGGCCCCCAGACGCACUGCACUGUGGAUUAUUUCAUUUUCUAACGAAAUGAACUGAUAUGUAGCAGAAAGGCACUUCCGCUCGCAGGGAACACUUGAGGGAACGUCUGCUCCGUGUGUUCAGAGGAAAUUCUGUUGUAGCAGAGUGCCAGAAAGUGUUUUGUUGAAAUUCUUAAACCAAGAAGACCCACCAACAGAAAAAUGGAGCUUCGAAAACAGGACUUCAAAAUGACAUUUAGUAUAUAAAAUAUGUACAUACCAUUGGAUGACUAACUAUCAAAUAGAUGGAUUUGUAUCAAUACCAAAUAGCUUCUGUUUUGUUGUGCUGAAGGCUAAAUUCACAGUGCUAUGCAAUUCUUAAUUUUCACUGUUGUUAUCUGUUUUAAAUGUACCUUCAGAAUAAGCUUCCCCUGCCCCCGUUUUUGUUGCUUGAAAAUACUGUCCCUGAUUUUUUUUUUUGUUAAUAUUCAUUUUGUUACUCAUUUCCUUUUUUUUUUUUUUUAAAGAAAUGUACAGGAUGCCAGUUUAAAAAAAAAUGGCUUCAGAAUUAAAACUAUGAAAUAUUUUACAGUCUUUCUUGUACAGAGUACUUGGCUGUUAGCCCAAGGUUAAAAAGUUCAUAACAGAUUUUUUUUUUUUGGACUAAAUGUUUUGUUGGGCAGUGCCUGAUAAGCUUCAAAGCUGCUUUAUUCAAUUAAAAAAAAAAAGAUAUAUGAAUAUGACAAAGUAUCGCUGAGUUCAACAAUGUUGUUUCAAGACUUAAGAUACGGUACCUGGCAAUGUUUGUUUCGUAAAGAAUUGUGAACUUCUUGAAUCUAGGGAGGGGGAUGUAGCAAAGGGUUGUACAAGUGGGGUGGGGGAGGGUUGGCGAGAUGGCAUGCACUUUUUCUUGUGAUUACGGAGAAGUGGGUCGCUGCAAAGUGGAGUCUCUUCCCACUUUGAUCUGCUACUUACUAUGCCCUCAUGACAAUUACAGACCUCCUGGAACGCUAGUUCUUAGGAAGGCAGGCAGGGUCUUUGAGCAGUGUUCAUCCUUGUUGGAAACACUGAUUUCAAAAUAUCAUUGCUGCAUUUAGAAAACCUGUCUCUCUUUAACAUUAGAUGACCCAUUACCAACCAGCCAACAUCCAUUUUAAGAAAAAGCAUGACCUGAAAAGGAUAUUUUUAUCCAGGUAUCUGCUAUUUUCCUAGCUUUCCAUUCAAGAGCUUUCCAUUCAGAGAGCCUCACAUGGUCAUCAUCGUUCCUGCCCCGAUUGUGGGGGAGCUUGUUGAAGUCAUGGCCGUUGUAGGAAUCAUAGUAACAGUCCUCAUUCACCCAAAUAAUUGUAUGUGUUAUUACUUCAUUGUGGGGAAGAGGGAGGAAUUGUUAGAGUAUUCUUUCCAACUUACCUUAGCAAGAGCAAGAGGUGUCUAUCCCCAACUUGUAUGUAAAAGCCUUUCAGUUUACUGGGAACUGUACCUACACUGGAAGGAAUAAAGGGGAGAUUAAAAUGGGAUCUUACAACGUCAGUUCUUCUUGCUCAAUAUUAGAUUCUCCACAGCUUUGUUUCUCUUUCUUUCCAACUACUGGGGUAAGGGGUUUUGUUUUGUUUUUGAUGUUGUUCCUUUGAAAGGAUCAGUCCCGCAGCUGACUUAACUAGAAUGUAUUUUUUUUUCCUUUUUACAUGAAGCUACUCAUAUCAAGAGCAAUAGUCAGUCUUACAGCCAGACAGACUGUCAGUCCUCAAACUUGACUGUACUGACCUGACCAUCUCCCUUUCAUCUCCAGACAAUUGAUUCCCCUAGUUUUAGUCUAGGAGUGUCUGCUUUACAACUAUCCUUCCAUGUCAUACAGAAGCCCAACCAUUAGUAAACAGUAGUUUUAUCAGCUAGGUUUAUUGCUUUUUUGAUAGCACAUCCAUGUAUAUUAUUAACUUUCAUUUAAUUUCUAAACUAUCUGAGAUGGAGUAUUUCGUGGAAAAGCUACUGUUCUGUUCACAUUUUUUGCUUCCACACUUUGCAAGAUGGCAUGGUAUUAGGCACUUGCCUCAUUUCUACAUCUCAUGAGCAUAAAUGCAGAUUUUUCUUUGAACAGCAAAGGCAGAAUUCAUGAUUUCCUAUCACAGUGAGUCACACCUUACCUAGGAUGCUACGCCUCUGCCCGAUGCCUUAUUGAUAGUGUAUAGCAUCCCAUCACAUCUGUCUUUGUAGAUGUUUGACCAGCAGCGUUCUUGGAGUCCAGCCAUUCAUCUUACAGCACUGAGUGGCUUGUGAGUAUAAAUGGAUACAGCAGAGGCAUUCCUGAUACAUGCUUACGUCCAUGUGUUGAUUUUCCCCACCCGGUAUAGCAUCCUGAAGGUAAAAGCCAGAAGCUAAGCUGCAGAGAGGCUGUGAUGGGGCUGUAGAAGUGGGAGCGCUGCGAUCUGAAAUUACCCACGAGAAAAAAAUCACAACCAUGAGGAAAAGGCAGAAAACUUGUUUUUGCAACUUCUGACAACUUCACGGCCCUUGAUAUAUGUAUAUAUGUAUAUGUGCAUGGACUGUUUCCAGUACACCUUUCAGCCAAAACAGAUCCACAGUCGUUGAGUUCAAGUACAUAACGAGACAAUGUCUAGUACAAUUCUUGUAUAUGUGUAUGGGGUUUUUUUCUUUGAAGUUGUUUUGUUUUGUCUUAACAAAGGUGAAAAUUGUUUGCAAGUGGAGUGAGAAGUUCAUAAUUCUUUGGCUUUUUUCUGUUUAAAAGUUACUCCUUUGGGGUAGCUGGUCUCCGUGGCUCACUGAACUUGGAAACCCACGUUUUCAGUGUGUUCAGUCAAAUGUGUUGAUGUGAACUGUCACUGCGGAACCAACUGCUUUGUCAUAUAGCUGGUUAUGAACUAGUAACGUGUUUGGGAAGUCCUACUGAUGUUCCUUUUUGGGAGAAAAAUUCUGCUGGUUCUAACAACUGUGCUUCUGCUAUGCAUGGUAUCCAAGUCAGUUGGAAAGCAGACCCUGAAAUUUGAGUUUAGGGUCAUUUAAGAAAGGGGCAGUUUAUAGCACAAUGCCUCACAUGAGACAAAGUUCUGAAAUGCCAAAUUCUUAUUUUUUAGAAAUCUAGUUAAAUUACUAGUAAAAAUGACUAGUAUGAACAGAAUUGGGUUCAUUGGAAACACUAACCAACUUAACAUUGAGCUUGUCACCAUGAGAGAGCAUUAGCUGCCCAGGAUGCUGCUAUUAAAAAAAAAAAAAAAAAAGGCAAAACAAAAAUAGCUCAUUUAUAUGUGUGUAUUUUUUAAAGCUACGAUCUGUUCGAUGUUUUUACAAAUCUGUUUCUAUGACAUUGUUAAAAUAAAGUUGGUCUUUUGACGAGAGGGAGGUUGUCAUGGUCAGCUGUAAUUUUGCCUUUACAAGGCACCUGGGGCGGGGGGCGGGGGGACUGUGCCUCCUUGACAUUUGUUCAAGCUAUAGGUUCAAUGGAGCUAUGUCUUGUUGUUUUAAGUUGCUUUAAUGCAUUGUAUUAGGUCUUCAAACAGAAUAAAGGUUGUUUUGAAACUGAA